AUGGUCUCCAAGCUGACUCAUCUCCAAGUGGAGCUGCUGGAAGCGCUGCUGGAGUCGGGGCUGACCAAGGAGACCUUGAUCAAGGCUCUGAGCGAAGCGGAGCCCUACGGGCUGCAGAGCGAGAGCCAGCGCGCCAUCAAUGCCCUGCAGAGCGAGAAAGGGGAGCCCUGCCCCGACAUCCCCAACGGAAUGGGCGACUCCAGGGCGUCAGAAGACGAAACCUCAGAUGAUGGAGAGGAAUUUACCCCUCCGAUAAUGAAGGAGCUGGAAAACUUGAGCCCUGAGGAGGCUGCUCACCAGAAGGCUGUGGUGGAAAGACUAUUACAAGAGGAUCCCUGGCGAGUAGCAAAGAUGGUGAAGUCUUACCUCCAGCAGCACAACAUCCCUCAGCGUGAGGUGGUGGACACCACAGGUCUGAACCAAUCCCACCUCUCCCAACACCUCAACAAGGGCACUCCCAUGAAGACCCAGAAACGAGCAGCCCUGUACACCUGGUAUGUCCGGAAGCAGCGAGAGGUGGCCCAGCAAUUCACACAUGCUGGCCAGGGCAUCCUGACAGAUGAGCCCAUGGGAGAUGACCUGCCCACCAAGAAGGGAAGGAGAAACCGCUUUAAGUGGGGUCCUGCCUCACAACAGAUCCUGUUCCAAGCCUAUGAGAGGCAGAAAAACCCCAGCAAAGAAGAGAGGGAGGCACUGGUGGAAGAGUGCAACAGGGCAGAGUGUAUUCAGAGAGGAGUUUCCCCAUCUCAGGCCCAGGGACUGGGCUCAAACCUGGUGACAGAGGUCAGAGUUUACAACUGGUUUGCCAACCGCAGGAAGGAGGAGGCUUUCCGGCACAAGCUGGCCAUGGACACCUUCAGCGGCCCGCAGCCGCCCCCGGCCCCGCCUCUCACCCCGCACAGCUCCGCCUCCCUGCAGCCGCCGCCGGCGCUCUCACCCGGCAAAGUCCACGGAGUGAGGUACAACCAGCAGCCAGCCAGUGAGGCAGAGUCCUCCAGCAGCAACCACCACGGGAACAGCUCCAUGGUGACCACCCAGACCAUCCUGCACCAGGUGUCUCCCCCUGGGCUGGAGCCCAGCCAGAACCUGCUGAGCACAGACACUAAGCUGGUAUCAGCUCCUGGAGGAACUCUCCCUCCUGUCAGCACCCUGACUGCCCUGCACAGCCUGGAGCAAAGCCCCCACACGCUGAGCCAGCAGACCCAGAACCUGAUCAUGGCCUCCCUGCCGGGGGUGAUGGCCAUCGGGGCGGGCGAGACGCCGUCCCUGGCGCCCGCCUUCACCAACAGCGGAGCCUCCACGCUGGUGAUCGGCCUGGCCUCAACCCAGCCCCAGAGUGUUCCUGUAAUAAACAGCAUGGGGAGCAGCCUCACUACCCUGCAGCCUGUUCAGUUCUCCCAGCAACUGCACCCAUCCUACCAGCAGCCCCUCAUGCAGCAGGUCCAGAGCCACAUCAACCAGAGCCCCUUCAUGGCUACCAUGGCUCAGAUACAGAACCCUCACGCUCUUUAUGGCCCCAAAUCUGAAGUGACUCAAUACACACAUGCAGGCCUCUUACCACAAACCAUGGUGAUAACAGACACAGCCAAUCUCAGUGCCCUGACCAACCUGACACCAACUAAACAGGCAUUCACCUCUGACUCAGAGACCCACACCGAGUCUGGGAUGCACACACCAGUGUCACAGGCACCAACAAUCCACCUACAGAACCAAGACACAACAAUCCAGCACCUUCAGCCAGGCCCACGCCUCACCUCGAGCCCUGCUGUGUCCUCCAGCAGCCUGGUGCUGUACCAAAGCUCUGACUCCACCAACAGCCACAGCCAGCUGCUGCCAUCCACUCACAACGUCAUUGAGACCUUCAUCUCCACACAGAUGGCAUCUUCCACCCAGUAACCACCAGCAGCAGCUCCUGAGUGACUGCCACAACCAACCUGCCAGGUGCAACUCCAGCUCUGUUUGCCACCAC